AUGGCGCCGACUACCUUCUCCUUCCCUAUCAUGGACGACACCAAGCCCGAUGACCACUCCCUCCCAGCCUUCAUGGUGUCCACAACGCGCGGCUUCCUGCCACGAGGUAACCCCAUCGUCGAGCUGCCCCAAGAGUUCGCCGUGCUGGAGUCAUUGCUGCAGCGGAUGCCCAUCAAGAAACUCGACGGGUUACCGGGUCUGCUUGCAACGUUCGAGUUCGGUGACGCGGUUCUGAAAGAGCUUCCUGAUCUGUCUGAUGAGGUCGAGAAGUACCGUGACGACCUUGUUGUCAUGAAUGCGCUGUAUCGCGACUACUCGUUCUUGGCGAGCGCCUAUCUGUUUGAGCCGUGCCAUGAGAGACACAUGAAAGGUGAAGAGUAUGGGCUGGGAAGGCAGAGCUUGCCGAAGUGUAUUAGUCUGCCGAUUGUUAAGGUUGCUGAGCUUGCCGGCUUCAAGCCCUUCAUGGAGUAUGCCGGCUCUUACGCACUGUUCAACUACCGUCUGGUAGAUGAAUCAAAGGGUCUCGAGUACGACAACCUUCGCCUGAUCCGUGCCUUUGAGGCUGGACUUGACCCUGAGUCGUCUGAGGCAGGCUUCGUCCUGGUUCACAUCGCCAUGGUCAAGGAGUCUGGCGCACUAAUCGAAGGCGCAUCUGAGAUGCUCAAUGGCUGUACAGCAAACGAUCGCGAGCAGUUCGAUGGCGGUCUCCGGACGCUGGUCGCUGGCCUGCGCAAGGUCAAUGCUGUCAUGAACACAAUGUGGAAGAGGAGCAAGCCCAACGGCUACACAAGCUUCCGCACCUUCAUAUUCGGCAUCACCUCACAGUCCAUGUUCCCCAACGGCGUCAUUUAUGAGGGCGUCAGCGAGGAGCCUCUGUCUUUCCGUGGUGAAUCUGGAGCCAACGACAGCAUGAUACCCAUGUGCGACAACCUGCUGCAGAUUUCGAUGCCAGAGACUCCCCUCACAGACAUCCUGAAAGACUUCCGCCAAUACAGGCCUGGUAACCACCGCCAGUUCCUGGAAGCCGUACGCGACUGCGCUCAGGAAUCGGGUGUGCGAGAGUUCGCUAAAGAGGACUCGGUCUCUGCUGCGCUCUAUCUCCAGGCUCUUGACCAGGUGCGUGACUUCCGCUGGCGCCACUGGUGCUUCACCCGCGAGUACAUUCUCAAGCACACUUCGCAUCCUACAGCCACAGGAGGCAGCCCAAUUGUGACAUGGCUGCCAAACCAGCUGGGCGCUGUGCUUGCACAGAUGUCCGAGACGUCCGAAUUCUGCAAGUCAGUGAACGGAGUAAGCGACAUCAUGGAGACUGCCAAUCUGCAGCGUGAAACACUCCAGAAGGAAGUGGCGAAGUACUGCGCCGCCCCACAUCACCAUACCACUAUGAGCUCACGAUACGCGCCUAAACAGAACCCUGUUGAGCGACGCAAGGGCGAGUCUGCGCUCAGUGAAUUCGCCGACUACGUUCAGAAGCAACAGGCAUUGCGACGCCCCGGCCAAGCUGUCGCCACCCUCGAAGACCACGACGAGCUGAGCAUCCUCGACGAGCUCGGCCUUACCGACGACGCGAAACCGCACAUUCGCUUGAAGACGCUGCUCAUCGACCCCGCCGAGGAGAAUGCGGCUGCGCUCGGAGAGCACAUCAAGGAGCGCCUGGCCGAGGGUCACGGCGAGGUCCUGUUCGAUGUUGGACUCGAGGACAAUGGCGAGGGCAUGGGCUUCACCAAGGAGAACUGGGAUUUUGCCCUCGAGAGGAUAGGGGCUGUUGGCGAGCUCAUCAAGGCCGACUACAAGAUCCUAAUGACUAGGAACGUGGGCGGCGACGUUGAAGUUGGACCGCGAGACGCAAAGGACACAGGGGUCAGUGGCAAGAUGAUCAUAAGACUGCGCCCUCAGGACGUGGACGACGUCAUUGAGACACGAAUUGCGGUCGUGGGCAAUGUCGACGCUGGUAAGAGUACCAUGCUGGGAGUGCUCGUCAAGGGAGGGCUCGAUGAUGGACGUGGUAAAGCACGUGUCAACCUCUUCCGCCACAAGCACGAGAUCGAGAGUGGACGUACUAGCUCUGUCGGCAUGGAGAUCAUGGGCUUCGACAGCAAGAGCGAGGUUGUUGUCUCGAACACUGCCGGCCGCAAGCUGACCUGGGAGGAGAUUGGUCGCCGAUCUGCGAAAGUUAUCAGCUUCACGGAUUUGGCCGGUCACGAACGCUACCUACGAACUACCGUUUUCGGUCUACUCUCCAGCGAGCCCAACUACUGCCUGCUGAUGGUGGCCGCAAACAACGGUUUGGUCGGCAUGAGCAAGGAGCACUUGGGAAUUGCCCUCGCACUGAAUGUGCCCGUCAUGGUUGUCAUUACCAAAGUCGACAUCUGCCCGCCUCAGAUCCUCGAGCAGACCAUCACUCAGUUGACUAAAAUCCUGAAGUCGCCUGGUGCUCGCAAAAUUCCAGUCUUCAUCAAGAACAGGGAAGAGUGCAUCAACACUGCUACCCAGUUCGUUUCUCGGCGCAUCUGCCCCAUCUUCCAGGUGUCCAACGUCACAGGGUUCAAUCUUGAUCUUGUGCGCACCUUCUUGAACGUGCUGCCCCACCACGGCAACUACGACAGUUCGCUGCCGCUCGAGUUCCACGUCAACGACACUUUCUCGGUGCCGUUCGUUGGCACCGUUGUGUCAGGAGUCGUCAAAUCUGGCGAGAUCCAUACUGGCGACACGAUCCUUGUGGGCCCUGACGGCCUUGGCCAGUUCACUACAACAAAAGUACGAUCCAUCGAGCGGAAGCGAAUACAAGUACCUGGUUGCUCUGCGGGCCAGUCUGCCAGUCUCGCGCUGCGAAAUGUACGGCGGAAGGACGUAAGGAAAGGCAUGGUCGUUCUUCAUAAGUCAGACAAGCCUGAUGAGAAGACUGGCAUCAUACCGCAACCCAAGGUCUACCGCGACUUCGUCGCUGAAGUCUUGAUCUUGUCGCACGCAACCACCAUCAAGACCAAGUACCAGGCAAUGCUGCAUGUGGGACCCGUUUCUCAAACAUGCGCCAUCAUCGACAUCGAUCGCCAGUACAUUCGCACUGGUGACAGAGCGCAAGUCGCGUUCAGGUUCGUGCAGCGACCCGAGUAUCUGACCGUCGGCGAUCGUAUCCUGUUCCGUGAGGGCAGAACGAAAGGGCUCGGCAUCGUGAAGCAGGUGGGAUACGAUCCGAAGAAGCCUUUGAACCCAGAACUUCAGAAAGAGCAGCAGGCGAAAGAGUCAGGCGAGAAGAAGACUGAUGUAUCAUGA